UGUCGAUGGUGAUGAGGUGGUGGUCGGAUCGCUGGACCCAGUCCGCGGGAGCGUUCUUCUUGGAGAAGGACGCCAUCUUCUUCGCAUCCGCGAGAGAUUUCUUGGCGGGGGUCUUGGCGGCGGUGGUGAUCACCUGCUGGAACCUCGCAGCCGUGGAGCGGAACGCCAUCGUCCAAGCAAGCCAAAAGCCCUAUCAAACGCUCUCGUCCCGCUAUUUAUAUAAGACCCACAAGGCCAAAUCUGGGAGGAAUAUCCACGACGCGAGUUUUAGGGUUUAUCGAUCCAGCCCAGCCAUGGCGGAGCUGCUGCUCUUCGAGGACAUCUUCACCAUCACCGGCAUCGACACCGACGGCAAGAAAUUCGACAAAGUGUCUCGCAUCGAGGCCCGGAGCGAGCAGUUUGAUAUGCAGCUCGUCCUGGACGUGAACAUCGACGUCUACCCCAUCGCCAGGACUGACAAGUUCACGCUCGCGCUCUCCUCCACGCUGCGAUUGGAUGGAACUCCAGACGAUGGCGUCUUCGACCAGUCUCGGAAGAAAUCUCUGGCCGACAAGUACGAGUAUGUCAUGUAUGGGAAGCUGUACAAGUACGAUGACGACGAGAGCGGCGGUGCCAUCAAGAUCGGCGUCUAUGUUUCUUUCGGAGGCCUGUUGAUGAUGCUCAAGGGGGAUAAGCAGCACCUGGGCAACUUAAAGCUGGACCAGCGCCUGUAUCUCCUGAUGAGAAAAGUGUAGUGUUAGCCAGCUCGAGACACUGACUCAAAUCGAUACUCUACUACUAAGACCAACCUUUGGUGUUCAUAUUUCUUUUGUCCUAGAAGAAGACUGGGAAGUAAUUGUCCA